AUGUCCUUCCUGAGGAAUUAUUUCGGCACCUCCGCCGCUCCAGCGAAGGAGGAGAAGAAGCCUACCCGUGCUCUGCCCGCCUCCUGGUACACAUCGCAAGAUAUGUACGAGCUCGAACGACGAGCCAUCUUCUCCCGGAAGUGGCUUCUUACUACACACAAGCACCGAGUCCCAAACACUGGUGACUUUGUUCGCUACGACGCCGCAGGCUACCAGUUCGUCGUCGCCAAAGACAGCAACGGAAACAUCACCGCUUUCCACAGCAACGAUCUCUUCCCCGCGCAUGUGCACAUCGACCGAAACGGAUUCGUCUGGGUCAAUCUGGACGCUAGCGAAACCCCCGAAGUUGCCUGGAAAGACGACUUCGACGGUGUCGACGAGCAGCCCCGGUUCGAGCACUACAACUUCGAGGACUACGUCUUCGAUCACACAUGGGAUAUGGAGGGCGAGUUCAACUGGAAGAUCUUAGCCGACAACUACAAUGAGUGCUACCACUGCCAAGUCGCUCACCCCGACAUCCCCACAAUCGCCGAUCUCAACUCCUACUAUGUCAAGACCAAGGACGGCCACAUCCAACACUACGGCGCCCCGCGACCAGACCAGAUCGCGAAGGGCUUCCGCAUAGCAACUACCUAUUUCUGGCCUAAUGCUUCUUUCAAUAUCUCUCCCAACUUCUUCUUCAUGCAGCGAUUCACCCCUACCAGUCCGACCCAAUGUGUCAUGCGGUACGAAGUCUACCGCCACAAGGACGCCACCGAUGAGGCCUUCAACCUCAUCAGCGACAUGUACAAACGAAUCAUGUCGGAGGAUAAGUACCUGUGUGUGCACUCGCAGAAGAACCUCAAUGCUGGUGUCUUUGUCAACGGCCAGCUUCACCCGGAGAUGGAGGCAGGCCCGCUCCAUUUCCAGAAGACCGUCCGUGACGUCGUCACAGAACACUUUGCCAAAGAGGAGGCUGCGGGGCAUCAAAUCUGGCCUGCGAAGCAUACUCUUCCUGAGGCUAUCACCCAGGAUCAAUAUGCGCACUACGGUGUCGAGGUCGACACUUUCAAGAGCCCCAUGGGUACCGGUAUCUCCACGGUAACGGAAAUCGCUGUGUAG